AUGCCGAGAUCAUGUAAGGCCAUCACCGCUCUCCUUACCGCAAUGCUUUAUUGUGUACCUUCUGCUGGUCUGGCUGCACCCAUCGCUCCCCGUGACGUGGCACGUACGACGUGCGAGGCGUGCGGUCCCGAGAGUAUGGCGUUCGAGGGCGAAGCGUUCGGUCCCGAGAGUAUUGCAUGGGACCUGGACGGCAGGGGGCCGUACGCGGGCGUGGGCGACGGACGAGUCGUGCGCCGCACGGCCGACGGCCGCGCGUGGGAGACGUUUGCGUGGGCAUCGCCGCUUCGGACGCCCGAUCUCUGUGACACGCACGCCCCUCGGCGCUUCAGCAGCAGCUCUGCCACGUCGCAGGAGCUCGGACCAAUGGAAAGGAGGCACGCGGCGGCAGCAGCAGCGACGCUGCCAGCCUCGGAGAGAGUGGCGACCGCGUUCGGCGUGUUUCCCAGCGACGUUUCUCUCGUGCAGCCUCACAUCCGAACCACCGUUCAAGGCUCGGUGCCAGGCUCGGUGCCAGGCUCGGUGCUAGGCUCGGUGCCAGGCUCGUUGGAAGGUCCUGCUGGGAACCACUCUUCCCCAGACGUACCUUCAGAAGAGACUCAAAACACCGCCGCCUCUCCUGCCGCACAGGCUGCCAAUGUAGAGUCAUCACAACAGAACCAACUGUCCCAGCAAAUCCAGCAAUCUCAGCAAUCCCAUCAGGCCCAAAAUUCCCAUCAGGCUCAGAAAUCCCAGCAGGAGCAGCAGGUGCAGCAAUCCCAGCAAGCCCUCCCAAACCCCUCUAUGGAGCACAUAUGCGGGCGGCCGCUGGGGCUGCGGUUCCACCCGGUGACGGGGGAGCUGUUCUUCGCGGAUGCGUACUUUGGCGUGUUCAAGGUGGGGCGGCAGGGCGGGCUGGCGCAGCCUGUGGUGACGCGCGUGGACGGCCGCCCGCUGCUGUUCGCCAACGACCUUGAUAUUGCCGCCAGCGACGAGAAUGGCACUCUCUAUUUCACCGACACCAGCACUCGCUUCCACCGCCGGAGGCUGGUUCCAGUAGACCUGCUUCUUGCCAUCCCAUUCCAUUUCCAUCCCUCUCACUCUCCUGCCUCCAACUCAUUCUGUCUCCCCCACUCACCACCACAGGGUCUAGCGAUAGUGGAGGGCAGGGAGACGGGCGGCUGGUGCAGGUGGACCUACCUCUCUCCCCCCCAUUCCAUCCCUCUCCUUCCCCUGCCUCCAUCUCUCGCUGUCCUCGCCUGCCAUAGGGACUACUACGUGGCGAUAGUGGAGGGGCGGGCGGACGGGCGGCUGCUGCAGGUGGACCUGACCACGGGCCAGGCGGCAGUGCUGGUGGUUGGGCUUGCAUUUGCCAACGGUGUCGCUCUCUCAAGAGACAAGUCGUUCCUCGUAUUCUGCGAAACCACCACUCUGAGGUAA